UUAAUAGUCCCAAUUAAUAAAAAAUUUUUCACAACUUGCCGAACUAAAUUGGUAGUAAACCGCAAAAGUUUUUAAGAUAAUCUAGUGUAAUUUGGAUAAAUUAUAAUUUUUCCUUUAUGCUUAUGUGAAGUUAGAUAAUAAAUUAACGUAUAGGAAGUCGCACAAUGGAAAAUGUACAAGAAAUGAAAGUAAACUGCAAGAAAAAACCACGUAUCAUCGCCAACAAAACAAACCACGUAACACCUGAAUAAUGAACGUGUCGAAUCAAUUCCGAAUCGAUAUAAUCACCAGAAUGUCACCCGAUCCCUUCAACUUUUAAAAAACGCAUCUCCAACUCAAGACAUUGAAAUUGCCACUCACUCAAGCGUCUCGAAUCAAUCAAAACUCACAAACUGUGACCGUUAAUUCGCCCGAUUUGUUUACCAUAUUACCCCAAAAUGACGCUAUUAACUUGACAUUCUUUAGAAAUCUCUCCGCGACAAAAAAUCCACCAUUUCAUUAAACCAUUUGUGGUUUAAUGCUUUUUUCGCUCCGACACCUAUAAAUAGCAAAUCCUGGCCCCGACCAUUCAGUCAUUGCUCAGCUUUCUUCCAAACACUGCGACGAUGAACCUCAUCGUGACUCUAAUCUUUCUCCAGAUAACAGCAUGGACCCACGCCACGAACGCCACUGACGACGCCGCCGCCACGAACAAAACCAAACGCACGAUCGCAAAUCAAGUCCAAACCUACGGCGAAAACCGGCCAGUUUUGCUCUACCCCGAAAACCCAGCCCCGCCCACAUUCUACGCCCCUGUGACGAUCAAGCCCGUCUUCGAUCCAGAAGUCCCCAAACAAGUCGCCGCCCAGCAAGUCCUCUACGAGUUCCAGCAAACGCCAACCAAUGCGGUUUCCAACGUCCACGUGAACCAAUUCUACCAACCGGUGGGAAGCAAGCCGGAGAGUCCCCUCCCCGCCAACACAGGCCCCGCCCAGUUCAUCAGCAGUUCGGAGUCAGUGGCGGCGCCUGUCCAGCACAGCGCCUUGAUCAGACACGGGCAAAAUUUCGCACAAGUCCAGUUCCAACCCCAACACAUACAAACCCAGCAGUACGUCCCUGGGAAGUACCUCUAUGUCAAUGGCAAGAUUUUGUACCAACCCAACCAGGCACAGACCAAUGGGUUCCAAAGACCUGUCAAUUUCUUGUAUAUGCACCCACAAAGUGGUACCCAAAAAUUUAUACCACAGGCCCCUUUGGUAAGACCCAUGGGGUACCGGAGGUUCCACCCACCACAACCCCACCAGUUGCAAAAAAUCACCAAGCCCAUGAAUGUGCCAGAAGUGGUGGAAGAGCAAUCCGAGGAGGAACCGGCUGAGGAAAACGCUGAGAACAACAAGGAGGAAGAAGUUGAAGAAGAGGAGGAAAACGAUGACAAAGAAAGUGAAGAAAGCGACGAUGACGAUCACUACUUUAGCAAAUAUUCAUCGUUUGAUGAAGACGACGAUGAUCAUGGGAAUUACCGGGAAGAGGACGAUGACGAAGACAAUGAAAGGGGUUCCUCGAGAACGGUGCCAAAAAAACACAGGAAGAAGGGAAAACCGGGGAAAUACUCCAAGAGUAACAACUACAAAUACAGCGAGAACUACAGCUCCAGCAGUAAAUACGACAAGAAAAAGGGGAAAAAGGGCGGGAAGCCGGCCCCUAAAAUGCACUACAAGUCGGUCAAGUACGUGAAGGAAGGGAACAAUAAGCCGAAAUUCGAGAAAAUCGAAGGAAAACAGUCACAGAAUGUGCCCGUCGUCCACAAACAAAAAAUCUUCAGAGAGAAAUGGUUCGUCACGAAGAGUACCGAUGACUCAAUCACGAAAUAGUCUUAUAGUUUCUAGUUUUUUUUAUAUUUUUGUUACUACGUGCUAUAUUAAGUGUUAUUUUUCUUGUAUUGUUAUUGUUUUUAUUGUUAUUUAAUAAACACAGUUAACAUA